CUACAAAGCCUUUUUGGUUUGUUGCCAGCUGCGAACUCCUCCAUAGUGUAUCUUCAGCCCUGGCCUUUAUCAACGAUAUUCUGCUCUCAUCCGCGAACCAACGAGCCCACAGCCAAAUUCCAACCUGUUCGCAAGCUUCAUAAAAUGCCCCCCCAUCCUCGACCUGUCCGACAUCAAAACCCGCUUCCUCAUCAUCGACACCCAUGCGUCGCCCGCCGUCGUCCCUUCCUCCCUUCCCACUAUGCCAGUCGACGUAGCCAUCCACUGCGGCGAUCUAACGCAAGAAUCCACGCUUUCCGAGUUCACCAGCGCACUAGCUCUUCUCAAGGCCAUCAAGGCCCCGCUCAAGCUGGUCAUCCCCGGGAACCACGACUUCACUCUAGACGAUGCCGUGUAUAAGGCCAAGAUUACGGAAACCACCACCAAGUUAGGGGUUAAGCUGGAGGAAAUAUACGAAGUCUACGGCAAAGUAGGGCAAGCUCGGCAGCUUUUAGAAGAGACAAAGGAGAAGGACGGAAUUUUCUUGCUGGAUGAAGGACGUCAUGACUUCGCCUUAAGCAACGGGGCUGCUUUAUCCGUCUAUGCUUCGCCUUAUACACCCUCCUCUCCCGACGACGACGACGACUGCUUUGUGGGACAACAAGGAAAGGGGAAGGGGAACUGGGGUUUUCAGUACACCAAGUCCGAGGGACAUGUCUUUGAUAUUAGAUAUACUCCAGACGUGGUCAUCACCCACGGUCCACCCCUCGGAGUCCUCGACGACGUCACCGCCUCCUCCUCCUCCACGAAAACAACACGUGCGUUGGGCUGUCCUUCCCUCUUCGCGGCCGUGGGGAUGGCCAGACCGAGAUUACAUUGUUUUGGACAUGUACACGCGGGAUGGGGAGCCAAGUUUGUUAGCUGGCGGGAUAGACCGGCGUGGUUGGAUAUGGAAGGAGGACAACUGCCGUCGCAUUUUACUAAUAUUGACAAUGAGGAGUCUGUUGUGAUUGAGACGCUGGCAGGGUUUGGCAAUGAGGAGUCUGUUGUGGUUGAGACGCUGGCAGGGUUUGACAAUGAGGAGUCUGUUGUAAUUAAGACGCUGGCAGGGUUGAGGAUGGGGAUGUGGGAUAGUCCCGAGGUUCUGGAGGAGCAGAGGGUCAAGGUUGCCACAACACCUUUACCUCAAGAGUUCAAGCUCUUACCAACUUCGGAGAUAGUACCCCUAUAA